AUGGAUCCCGACAGCUCCAACUUCUUGCUUGAGGAAGGGGUUGUGAAUUCAGCCUACCGGGUUGGCCUCUUAUCCUUGUCAGGAGAAGAGGAGGAGCAAUCAGUGCAAAUGAUAGCUAUAGCCCAAUUCAACAGGCGCAAUUUGGUUGCAGUGCCGUCCCAAGCAUGGCACAAGAAGGUUUUGAAGCGCGUGUUGCCGCAGAAUGGGCUGCUGAAGCCCACCGCCAUCGAGGUGCUUGUGGUGGACCCCGAAGACAUGGACACCAUCUUGGAGGGUAUGAAGAUGCGGCUUUGGGUUGGUUUUUUGGUGGACGAGCUCUUCUCGGCGGUCGACUUUUCCCUGAUGGAGUUCGACUCCGACUACUUCUUCGAGGUGAACGGAACGGCCGGUUAUCUUCCUUUUGCGCAGUCUCUCAUGGAAGUUGCCAACGAGCACUACGCUUUCUUUUCUGCGGGAGAAGAAGGAGCCGGCGCAGAUGGCAGUUUGGCCAAUGGUGCCUCUGGCUCGGGAGAUAUGGCUUCGCGUUUGGAGCGCAUGGAAAUCAUGAUGGCCGACCUCUACGAGAAUCUGCCUCAGCGGCUAGCUCGGCCGCUUGUGAGAAGGGAACCAGAGCCUCGAGUUGCUUUCUCUCCCUCGACAUCUUUUCAGCCAAGACAUGGAGGGAGCUUAUCCCCGCCAGCUCAACGGGUCGGCGUCCUUCGGAAGCCUGCGGCGAGCAGCGGAGCAUUAGACCCAAUGUUGGUGUUUGCGGCCAUGCAAGCUGGAGUGGAAGGGGAUGCAUUAGACGAAGUGGCACGGUUGAUGUCAAGGAACCCCAAGGCUUUGAAGGUGAAGGACAUGUCUGCUGGCCUACAACCAGACCCGCUUUCCGAUGCCGAGGAGGACGAGCUCGAGGAGGGCGAUGCUGCAGCCGGUGGCGGCGGAGAUGCGCUGCAGCAGGCGGUGAUCAGCCUCACGGAGAUCAUGAAGUCCUUGACCGACGACAAGAAGAAAUCUUCUGUUUCCAAGAUCGAGAACGCCUUGGAGUAUUCAGGGGCCGUUGGUUCGGGGAAGCGAUCAGCGGCUGCUUGCCGUGCUUUGCGGCAGAUGCUGCUGGCUCACCCCGAGGAGCUGUAUGCCCUUUUGGAGCGGAUGAUGAUGGAGGAUCUGAUGUCGCAGACUCUGGCUCCGGGUCAAGUUCAUGGUGCUCGAGCUCGCCUCAACAUCCUCCUGCUCCAGAUCGACCAGGCGGCUUGCGAUCGGGGCAACUGGACCUUGGCUUCGGAGCUCUCCUUGGAACAUCCUCCCCCCUUUACCUCCUUGCUCCAGCAUUCCCCUCCCGGAGAAGGCGAGCCUCCCUACAGCCGCCUCCUCGACCCACGUUGGGGAGAGAUAGCGAUGGCCUACUUGCGGGAGCAGGAGGACUUCCUCUCCAAGCGAAAGGGCCUCGGCAAGACUGUCAAGAAGGACGAUGGGGAGGACGACAACGACUCUCCGAAAAGGAAGAACAGGCCGAAGGCCAAAGCCAAAGCGUCCUCGGAGGGGGACGCAUGA